AUCAUGCGAGCCUGGGUCUACCGCACCAAGGGCAAGCCCGCCGACGUCCUCCGCCUCGAGGACGACUACCCGAAACCCGAGCCCGCCCAAGGGCAGCUCCUCGUUUCCUUGCGCGCCGUCAGUACGAACCCGGUAUUUUUUAAGACGAUGGGCAUGGCGCCCAUGAGGUACAUGCAGCGCGUGCCGUGCGUGCCCGAGGGCGACUUCUCGGGCGUCGUCGCCGGCGGCUCGCUCGACGGCACCGACCUCAAGCUCGGCGACGAGGUUUUCGGCAUCGUUCCGGCGCAGAUCACCAUGAAGAACGGCAAGGGCGCGCUCGCCGAGUACCUGGUAUGCGACAAGGACCUCGUCGUCAAGAAGCCGGCGAACGUCAGCUUCGAGGAGGCGUCGACGUUCCCGCUCACGACUUUCACGGCUUAUUGGGCCUUGGUCCGGACCGGCAAGCUCGAGAAGGGCAAGGCGCAGCGCGUGUUCAUCAACGGCGGUUCCGGCGGCGUCGGCGCUUACGCGGUCCAGCUCGCCAAAGCCUACGGUGCCUUUGUCGCCACGACCUGCUCGCCUCCUUCUCGCGAGCUUGUCUCGAGCCUCGGCGCCGACGACGUCCACGACUACAAGGAGAGCGACCUCGCGACGCAGCUCUCGAGCAAGUACUCGGGCGAGCCGUUCGACAUCUUUUUCGACACGGUCGGUCACGACACGUCGCUGUACUACAAGAGCCCGACCUACCUCAAGCCCUCGGGCAUCUACGUCGACGUCGCCGGCCCGCAUAUCGACGGCUCGAUCGGCUCGCUCCUGCGCGCGUCGGUCGACUUUGCCAACCGCCUCCUGCGCCCCAAGAUGCUCGGCGGCGUCCCGCGCAAGUACACGUUCGGCAUGAUGACGACCGACAGGAAGGAGCUCGAGGAGAUGGCGGCCUUGAUCGGCGAGGGCAAGUUGCGCCCGAUCGUCGACAGCGUCUUUGCGUUCGAGGACGCGCUCAAGGCGUACGAGCGCCAGAUGUCAAACCGCGCCAAGGGCAAGGUCGUCGUCAAGGUCUCGCAGUAGGCGCUCUCUCACUCUCGAGCCGAGCGUUCUUCGUCUCUCUCGUUCCCUCUCGGUCACAUACGUCGCUGCAGCCAUAGUCAAAUCUCUGCGUCUCCUCUCUCUCUUGCAUUCUGGAGCGCUGUUGCACCUCGUC